CAUACAGCAACACGGAAGGGCGUAGAUAGGUUUGUGGUCGUUUCGGUUGUGAGUAGAUUUUUAACGCUAAAGGAGUGUAGUUCAAACUACUUGAUAAUUAUAUAUAUAUAUAUUUUUGCUAUACACGUCAAACAAUCAUAUUACUGCUAACAAAUAGGUAGACUUGUUUAAUUAGUUUUUUUGGGGGGGGGGUAAAUUGCGUUUUCGUUUAAGCGCGCAUUGGAGUUACAGUCCGACAGCAAUGGCGAGAGGCUCGAGUUUGAAAGCACUGGCUUCUGCGUUCCUAGGUCUUUUACUAGCAGCCACUGCUUCAUCCUUUUCAAUAACCAGCAAGUCGGACAAAGUUUCGGUCCCGGAAAACGCAGCUGCUGAUCUGUCCUGUGAGUAUAGUGCGGAUUUUGGUGACCCAAGAGUUGAAUGGAAAUUGGAGACCAGCAAAGGAAUUGAAUUUGUUUUCUACAACAACCAGCCAACAGCGGCGUACGUGGGCCGCAUUGAAAGAUACACUGGUGGACUUCGCUUCAGUAAGGUUACACGCAAAGAUAAUGGCGUCUACACGUGUGAAGUGACUUCUAAUGGUGGCUAUGCAGAAAAGAUGAUCCAACUCAUCGUACAAGUGCCUCCCUCCCCUCCUGCGUGCAGAGUGCCCACCUCUGCGACCACGGGAUCGCAGGUCACUCUGACCUGUUCAGAUAAGGAUGCGUCCCCCAAGCCCACUUACCAAUGGUUUAAAAACAAGGUUCCUGUCCCAAACUCGCCAAAACAACUCGCAGCCUUCCAGAACUCCUCCUACACGUUCGACCCCUCAACAGGGACUCUGACAUUUCAACCUGUGGCGAAAAUCGAUUCCGGGGAAUAUUACUGCCAAGCACAAAACGGAAUUGGGCAGCCUAGCAGUUGUGGAGCUGUACGAAUGGAAGUCGGGGAUGUGAACGUCGGGGGGAUCGUUGCUGCAGUCAUCAUAGUGGCGCUGACGAUUGCUGUAAUUGGAUUGGCUCUCUGGUAUGCGAAUCGUAAAGGGUAUCUGCCCAAACGAAAGGAAAAAAAACCUAAAGUGGUGUACAGUGUGCCUCCAGUUAGAGACACUGACCCAGGAGAUGAUGUCGAUUUCAGACAGAAGUCUUCCUUUUUGGUGUGACCUCUUCUCGUGGAUAGACUCCGGUCAUCACAAACUCUUCUGUAACUUAUUUUAUAUUUUCUGUAAAGAACAAAUGCAACUUCCCGUGUUUUGCUGACAGCCCCCUGUGUUGGAUUAUGUUUGGUUAAAUUCAAGUGUCUUUUUUUUUUUUUUUGUGGAUUGCAGUGUUAUUGUGUGCGAUGAGGAGUCCUGGUUUUAUAAUAUGUAGUGUCGCAUCCCACGGUACUCAAUUUCUAACACAAUAUUCCUAAAAUGAGUUUAGAAUUUUUUAACCAAUUUUUAGAAUCUAUUCAAACCACACUGCAACCCUGCAAAGGACUCGACACCCAAUUACGUUUAGGAAGAACUGAGUCAUUGUUUUAUUUUGUAUUCUAAUUUUAAAUUCAACGGGUAAAAGAAAAAAAAUGUCCAUGCUUUAAGAUGGAGCCACAUGUCCCGUUAGUUAACUAUGAAGACAAAUCUCUAAGCUGAAACCUAAAUGAAUGAUGCUCGUAAUGAAGCCGUAACUUUCACAUGGUAGAAAGUGGCAGGUGGGGGCACCAGAAACAGACAGCAGGACUCUAGUAGCUUCUAAAACACCCCCCAUGGUGCAAAACAGAAAAAUCUGAAGAAUGGACCACAUUUCAAUAUGGUCAACCACACCUUCCUAAAAUAACGUUGUUUUAAACACUGUAGUGGUGCUCUGCGUGUGUAGGUAGUAGACGAGACAUUUUAAAUGUGUGAAUGUUUGGGCAAUUUAGGUGGUAAUAAAGUUUUUUUGUUUUUUUUUAUAAAUAUAUACAUGUAUGCGGGUAUACUAAUAGAUUUCUCUGUCUUUGUUGGUUGAAAGUUUUUUCCCUAGGGACCAAAAUGAUAAUUUUGGAACUAGUUUUGGUCGUUUUUUAAUGUGUACAGGAUCGUUUUAAUGUGUUGUGUGUUUGUGUUUCUAUUUUUUUUCAGUAAUGUUGUUAAUUGAAACUACACAAGGUAAAACUUCAGGUGUUGUAAAAAAAAUUUAACUUAAUAAAAUGACGCUGUUUCUAAUAA